GUCAAAAGUCAGACCUGAAGUCAUGAUGGAAGGUCCUACCUGCACAUGGAUUGUGGCAGUGUGUGUGUUCACUGAAAUACUCCUCUUAACAACUGCACAGGUAGAGCGAAUGAGGAACUUGGCUCUUAAUAAAGCAUGCGAUACCAGUUCACGGUAUAAUGAAUAUACAAAAUAUUCUGGAAACUGCUCUGCUGCUAUAAACGGAUUAAUUAACACCUAUUUCCAACUCAGCAGUUCACCGCCGAACUGCAUCCACACAUCAACAUCCGACAACAGCCCUUUCUGGUGGGUGGAUCUGGGACAAAACUUUUCUGUUCAUGAAGUCACCAUCUACGCACGUACUGGAAGUCUGAAAAGAAUGCAGUGUGUCCGAGUCUCUCUUGAUGGACGAGAGAUAUACACGUUCCCGUCUUCAGGUAUAGCAAAUGUGACCACCGGCAUUUACCUUCAUCCACCUGAACAUGGACGAGUGGUUAACAUCACUAGAAACUGCAUCUCAGCAGGAGAUUCCGUGCCACUCUUAAACAUAUGUGAAGUCCAGAUUUGGGGGUGUACAAACGGAUCGUGGGGUGAUGACUGCCAGUAUCAAUGUAGUCCAUGGUGUCAGGGCUCCGGAGAGGACAACUAUUGUGACUCUGACACUGGGACUUGUCUUAAAGGUUGCAUGUUGGGAUACUGGGGAGACAACUGCACGUUUACCUGUGGAGAGGGAUGUAACGGUAGCGCAUGCAACAUGAGUGACGGGACCUGUGAAUGUCGACCAGGAUGGGAGUCUCCACUGUGUCAAAAUUGCUCAGACGGUUACUACAACGUGUCUAACGACUGUCAAAACACCUGUGGUAGAGGAUGCAAUGACAUAUGCAGCAGAACUGACGGGACAUGUCAGUGUCAACAAGGAUGGCAGCCUCCUCUGUGUCAAAGCUGCUCAUCUGGUCACUACAACGUGUCUAACGACUGUCAGGACACCUGUGGUGAAGGAUGUAACGACACUUGCAGCAGAACUAACGGGACAUGUCUGUGUCACCAAGGCUGGCAGCCUCCUCUGUGUCAAGAUUGCUUGCACGGUCACUUUAACGUUUCUAACGACUGUCACAACAUCUGUGGUAGAGGAUGUCACGACACUUGCAAAUCGACUGACGGGACAUGUCAGUGUGAGACAGGAUGGGAGUCUCCAAUGUGUCAAAAAUGUUCAAUAGGACACUGGGGAGACAACUGCUCUAACUCCUGUGCAAUAGGGUGUCAGAACGCAGUUUGUGAUGCUGUGAAUGGAACUUGUCAGUGCAAGAGAGGAUGGGCAGCACCACAUUGUGACUACUGCUCGGACAAUUACUACAGUGUGUCCAGCGACUGUCAAAACACCUGUGGUGAAGGAUGUAACAACACAUGUAACAGGACCGACGGGACAUGCCUGUGUCGACCAGGUUGGGAUUCUCCUCUGUGUCAACGACAGAGCACAAGUGAAAUUACGAAGACAAAUGCACCUGUCGGUGCUAUCGUUGGUUCUGUCGUCGCUGCAGCAGUUGCCGUGGUCAUAGUGAUCGCCAUCUUGUAUCUCAGGCGUCGACAACAGCAUAAAGGGAGCCGACCUCGGUUACAAGCCUUUCCCGACAAAUUUUUAUCGACAAGUCGACAACAGCUAUCAACGGACGACGCAGAAAGCGAAAUAGAAUCAGAACAAAGUGUAGCUGUCCAUGCAAGGAAAGGUGAGACAAAGCACAAAAAUUGCUAAAAUUACUAAAUUAUUUUCAUGUCUUUUAGCUUGGAAGUAUGCUUCGUUCAAAUAUUUCUGUUCAGAUAGAGACUAUUAAAGUGUAAGAUGAAGCAUUGUAAAACCUAUUCAUUUUCACAUCCAGGGAUGCCUUCGGGAAAAGGCAUAUAUAGCCACGCAAGAUAAGGCAAGCAUUACAUAUAAUUUGUUGUAUCUUUAUUUAUGGAGUUCAUAGAAUUGAAUGAAUCUUGUUUUUGUUUAAAGAUUUUACUUUUCCAUAUAAAUUGCAUUUCAGAGUUGAUUUAUCUUGUAUAUAUUUACAGUACUCACAGCUGCCUGAGCAGACUUCAGCCAAACAAAUUUUAAA